CCGAUUCCGCAAGAUUUCAAAGAUCACCAGUCUGUCGCACAUAUGGGCCAACUUUCUCUCCUAUUGGCGCUUCGAAAGAAGGCUAACUAAUGAUAUUAUCAUCAAACGUUUUUUGAUAUAAUUAUUCUAUUUAGCUUGCCUGGAAUCCCGGAAAUCCCCCUGAAUUGAGUUGGAUGGGAAAUUAAGUAGCCUAGCGGAAAGCAUCUGCAGCAGAAUCUGCUUAUGUCAGGUGUUCUUCUGUCCACUGCUGCAUUCAAGGCAAGGAGCGGUGAGAUCGAGGUAGAUUGCAUCGAAGUUGCUCUCUGUCAUUGUCAUAAAUGUUACAAAAUCGACAUGUUAGCCUCGAAGCAUUGGUUAUGGAUCAAUUUGGUUCUACUGUGUCUCGGUCAAGCCAGUCUAGCUGCACCUAAAAAGGUUUUUCGAUGCCCUUCAGGAUGCUCGUGCUCCAAGGAGACCAUUAUCUGUGUCGGGACCUCAAGUGUACCACGGACUAUCCCGAAUGACAUCAACUCACUGAGCAUAGUAAAUGGAUCCCUCGCAGAAAUCACUGAGGCCAUGUUCUCCCUCAUGCCCUCUCUGCAGUUGCUGCUUCUCAAUUCAAAUUCAUUGACCACCAUCAAAGAUGAUGCAUUCUAUGGCCUUCCUCAUCUUGAAUAUUUAUUCAUAGAGGGCAACAAGAUUGAGACCAUCACCAAAAAUGCCCUCAGAGGUCUCCGAGACGUGACUCAUUUGUCGCUGGCUAACAACAACAUGAGGGCUUUGCCAAGGGAUCUCUUCCACGAUCUUAACUCUCUGCUAGAGCUGGAUUUGCGAGGCAACAUAUUUCAGUGUGACUGCGAGAACAAGUGGCUGAUGAUGUGGCUGAAAAACACCAACGCUACCGUAUCGGAUGUCAACUGCGCAGGUCCCAUAGAAAUGAAGGGCAAACGUCUGAACGACCUUCCCAUCCUGCCGGACGAGUGUAUCUCCACGGACUUUGUCCGUCAUCAGUCCAUUCCAACCCAGGCUUUGUCGGCUGACAUUUUCUCCCAUAAGGAGGACAUUUAUGUGGCGAUGGCUGACCCCAAUUACAACAGCUGUGUGGUCAUGGAAUGGGACCACAUUGAAAUGAAUUUCAGGCCUUUCGAUAACAUCACAGGAAAGUCUGUUGUUGGAUGCAAGUCUGUUCUGAUUGACAACCACGUCUUGGUAAUCGUGACUCAGCUCUUUGGUGGCUCCCACAUCUACAAGUUUGACGAUCAACAAAACAAGUUCACCAAGUUCCAAACCAUUGAGGUCUUCAACAUCUCCAAACCCAAUGACAUUGAGGUGUUCCAAAUAGCCGGUGAGUGGUACUUCAUCAUUGUGGACAGCUCCAAGGCGGGCCUAUCAACUCUGUACAAGUGGAACGACCAAACGGACCGGAACGAGACCGGUUUCUACUCCUACCAGUUCCUCCACGAGUGGUUCCGAGAUACAGACGCAGAGUUCGUCGAGCUAGAUGGGAAGUCCCAUCUUAUCUUGGCCAGUCGCUCUCAGGCACCCGUCAUUUACCUGUGGAACAAGAGCAGCCAGAAGUUCCAGCUGCACAGCGAAAUCCCAAAUGUUGACGAUGUGGUGGCGGUCAAAGCCUUCCGGGUGGACGAGGAACUCUUCCUGGCCAUGACGUGUUACAUUGGUGACUCCAAAGUCCUCAAGUGGACCAGCAAGCAGUUCACCGAGGUGCAGGCCCUGCCUUCUCGUGGCGCCAUGGUCCUCCAGCCGUUUUCGUUCAAGGACAGGCACUACUUGGCCCUGGGUAGCGAUUACUCCUUCACGCAGAUCUACCUGUGGGAUGAGGAGAUCAAAAUGUUCUCCAAGUUCAAGGAUAUCUAUGUGCAGUCUCCGCGCUCUUUCAACGUGGUGUCCACUGACCGGCGUAAUUUUUUAUUUUCCUCCAGCUUCAAAGGGAAAACGAUGGUCUUCGAGCACGUUAUUAUCGACAUAAGCCUAUGAAACUAGAAAGCUUUUAUUUGUGCCUAACACCAUCAAAUUAUUGUUUCUGACACAUUUAUACCUAUUGCCAUGAGUAGUAAAUUAUGUAUUUAUUUAAUGAAAGGUGAAUAUAGUGUUUUAAAUUAGUCUUCAUAAUUUGCAACAAACUAUGGAUGGCCUGGUUUAAACAGAUAUCUGAGCAAGUCUCUGCAAAACUAUGCAUUUUGCAUUUGUUUACAUUUUGUUAUUGAAUGUAAUGAUAGAUCGGUAAAAUUGUUUCCCUGUCAUUAAGUUUGAAACCAAAAUAAUCAUAUAAAAGCAAUGACAAUGUGUGAAAUGUAACCCGCAUGAUGAACAAUGGCUGCCAAUACCUGCUAUGGUCUUGUACAGUGACUUAUCAGGGAUAUGAUUAUUUGAGUAACUGCACAGUAGUUACAGCUAGCUGUUAAACAUGAACAACUAUUAUACCUUUACUGAACAUAAUGAAUAACAGAACUGAAAUUGAUGAUGGCCAGCUAUAUGAUGGAACAGUGCCUGGCUAAUAGCAAAACUGAAUGUCAAUAAUGUCUAAUGCUGUACUUUAUUAGAAUGCUUUAUUACAUGCUGUACUAUAUUAGUACAGUUAGCUAGAACUUCAUUUAAAUAAUAAACAUAUAUUCCUUAUGUCUUUAGUGUCAUGAUCUUACUGCCUUUACCUUCAAUGUGUUAACUAUGCCCUACUACAGUAUGUUACCUCUGUACCAUGUUGAUGUUCUGAACAAGUGGUGUUUUCAGCCACAUCUAUCUAUGUACUGUAUAUAAGUUAAACAUAAAGCAAAUUAAUUGAAUGUAGAUUCCAUUUGGCUUUGAGCAUAUCCUCAUGAAAUAAUUGUUCUCCAUUUAUUAUUUAAAAUUUGUGGAUUUAAAAUGCAAUAGAAUUAAAGCAUCUGAC